GGUCAAUAGAUAAGAACAAGUUUGUGUGUAUACAGAAUCACCAUCAACUGUCAACCGUCUCUCUCUCUCUCUCCCUGAUCGUCCAGAAUGGCUUGCAGCGUGUCCGCUCCAACUCUGCUCAACCUAAAGCACUCACACUCACCACUACUUCAGCCCAAGAAAUCGAAAACCCGUUUCUCUAUCCCCUAUAUCAACUGCUCACACCCACCUUCCAAAUUCCUUUUCUUCUCAUCCUCCAUUGCUCAAUUUAGACAUCCCGUGUCUAAAAAUCUGAACUUUCUCUCCGGUGGCACCGCCAUAUCGAAGGUUCGAGCAUCUGCUGGGGGAGAAGCAAAGUCGCUUGGUUCUGACGCAACAUAUCAAGAAGCCUUCUCUUGGCCUUCUGUUAUUAUCCCGUUUCUUUUUCCAGCCUUAGGAGGCUUAUUAUUUGGGUAUGACAUUGGUGCAACCUCUGGUGCCACACUAUCACUGCUGUCACCUGAACUUAGUGGCACAGCUUGGUUCAACCUUUCAGCCGUUCAGCUUGGUCUAGUGGUUAGCGGCUCCCUUUAUGGAGCUCUUCUUGGUUCCAUUCUGGUCUACCCAAUAGCUGAUUUCCUUGGGAGGAGGCGAGAACUUAUCCUAGCAGCUCUAUUAUAUGCGUUUGGGGGUUUGGUCACUGCCUCUGCUCCAGGCCUUGGGGUUCUAUUAAUAGGACGGCUCGUAUAUGGCCUUGGUAUUGGUUUGGCAAUGCAUGGAGCUCCUCUUUAUAUUGCAGAGACUUGCCCAUCUCAGAUUCGUGGGACUUUAAUAUCACUGAAAGAACUCUUCAUCGUUCUCGGGAUUUUGUUGGGUUACUUCGUGGGUAGCUUUCAGAUUGAUGUAGUUGGAGGGUGGCGUUACAUGUAUGGGGUUAGUGCCCCAGUAGCUCUGAUAAUGGGAUUAGGUAUGUGGAGUCUGCCACCAUCUCCACGCUGGUUACUCCUCCAGGCAGUUCAAGGUAAGGGGUCUCUACAGGAGCUCAAAGAGAAAGCCAUCUCUGCCUACAGCAGGUUAAGGGGUCGACCCGUCGGUGACAAAGUUUCUGAGAGGCAAAUUGAAGAUACCCUUGGCUCUCUCAAGUCUGCUUAUACAGAUGAAGAAUCUGAAGGAAGUAUUUGGGAAAUAUUUCAGGGGCCAAGUCUGAAAGCAUUCAUCAUUGGUGGAGGUUUGGUCCUUUUUCAACAGAUAACUGGGCAGCCAAGUGUUCUAUACUAUGCUGGUCCAAUCCUCCAGAGUGCUGGGUUCUCUGCUGCUGCCGAUGCUACUCGAGUUUCAGUUGUGAUAGGACUGUUUAAGCUGGUGAUGACAAGUGUAGCUGUCCUAAAAGUUGAUGAUCUUGGGAGAAGACCCUUGCUUAUUGGCGGUGUCAGUGGAAUUGCCCUUUCAUUACUUCUCCUCUCAGCUUAUUACAAAUUUCUGGGAGGCUUUCCUCUUCUUGCAGUUGCUGCUUUACUUCUUUAUGUUGGAUGCUACCAGAUAUCAUUUGGACCGAUCAGUUGGCUAAUGGUAUCAGAGAUAUUUCCACUUCGCACAAGAGGAAAAGGGAUUAGUCUUUCAGUUCUUACAAACUUUGGUUCAAAUGCUAUCGUGACAUUUGCUUUCUCACCGCUAAAGGAGUUGCUGGGCGGAGCAAACCUUUUCCUUCUUUUCGGGGCAAUUGCUUUGGUAUCACUUUUGUUCGUUGUACUCGUCGUCCCAGAGACUAAAGGAUUGAGCUUGGAAGAUAUUGAGACCAAAAUCUUGAAGUGAAAGCUCCAAAAUGCAACAACUUUGGUGAAACUUCCCAGAACUUUCUAAGUGUGGUUUGGGGAGGUGCCAACUACUGUAACCAACACCCCAUCAAUCUCUUGUACAUUAACUGCUAGUUUUCUCAUAGCAUGAGGGAAGAAAUUUCAUUUUCCCUAAUAACAAGCAGCUUUCAGUAGUCCAAUGAUCAAAUGGAAUGGCUAAACAGGAUUAAUCGUAAAAGUUCGUGAUUUAGUCUAAUUGAGUAGGAGUAAUAUAAAUCUUCUACAUUCUACAACGUUUGUAUCAA